AUGACGACCUCCAAUCCACUCCGACUCCCCCACUCGGCUCGCAAGGCCCUCCUCACCGGCCCCACCAUCUCCCUCGCCCUCCCCAUGCCCUCCAUCGGCAUGACCCACACCAUCCCCUCGCUGCCCCGCCGCAUGCUGUUCGCCUUCUCCCACCUCGCCGCCGCCCAACUCACCGUCGCCGACGGCGUCAACACCACCACCACCACUACCCCAUCGACCCCCUCCUCAUCCCCCGCUCCUUCUUCUUCCUCCUCCUCGCCCUCCGCUACACCCACCCAACAACCCUCCCGAACCAUCACCCUCCCACCCACCUCCUGCACCCCCGCCGCCCUCGAGCUGCUCAUCCAGUGGCUCAAGCAAUCCUGCCAACACCCCUCACAAAACACCGCCACCCAACCGCUGCUACCAGCAGCCGCCGGUGCCAUCGACAACUGGCGCCAGCUCCUCCGCCUCCACGCCGCCGCCCGCGCCCUGCGCGUGCCCGUCGCCGAGGCAGAGCUGCGCGCCCUUAUCGAAUCCCGCCUGCGCUGUGCGCCGCUCAGCCUCGCCGAGUUCGUCGACGCCGUCGACACCCUAGCCACCGGGUUCAACGAGGGCGAGGGCAGCGACGACGACGAGGGUGGAAGGCUGGUGAAGGAGGUGGUGCGGCGGACGGCCGGGUUCGCGCGGAGGGGCGCCGUGGAGCCGGCGGCGGCGGAGGAGAUGCGCGGGUGGUUGGGGGGCAAGUGGCCCGGGCUCGUGGGGAGGUGGGAGGCGUGCGAUCGGGUGGCGGUCGGCGGGCGGAGGUUGGAUGUGAGGUGGGUGGAGGGGGUGAAGGAGAGGCUGGGGGAGAAGGCGAGGAGGAGGGGUGAGGAGGAGGAGGAGGACGCGGCAAAGAAAAAGAGGGAGGAGCUGGAGGGGAAGGUGAGAGAUUUUGAGGAGAGGUUGAGGAGGCAGAGGAGGUUGGCGGGGUUGCAGUGUCGGUAG